GUGUGUGUGCGCUCCCCUCCCCCGUACAUCCGUACGCAGAGGGUGUGUGACAACAGAAUCUUGUCUGUUUUAACAGGUACAGUCUUACAAGAAACACAGCUUCCUAUGUCUCUCUCUAUUUUAUUUUUGUUUUUCUAAAUUUUUAUUUGUUGUUUUUUAAGGUGUUUGUUAACACCUAAUAACCCUGGCCUUCCUUCUAGGAGCAUCACAAUUUCGCAAAACACUCCACCAUGUCUAACAUAGAUUACAGUACAAGUUUGCGUACAAGCUGUUUUAACUGGGCUCAGUUUUUCUUGAAGGCUUUCUAUCAGUGUAUUAAUGUCUUGUACUUUAUAAUUGAUUUAUUAGGUUUAUAUCUGUUUUAAUGUGUCUCAUAUCAUUACAGUACCAUGUGUUCUGUUUCGAUCAUUGUUCUGGAUUCUCAAGAGUAUUCAUUCUAUAAUAAUUUUUUGCAGGUAACGCAUGUAAGGUCCCUUCAUACCAGUGGAUGUGGGCAGCAGCAGGAGGCUGUGGCUGUGGAGCCUGAGCAGUUCUCAGUUUUCAGAACACAGGAGAAUGAUCCAGCGUGUCAUUCAGAGAAACAAAUGGGACAGUAUUACACGCUGCCCUCUGCACACAUCCGCACUCUGUUCCCUCACGGUCUCCCUCGGCGCUAUCAACAACAGGCGAAGACGUUUAAUGAAGCCUGUAUGAUGGUGAGGCAGCCGUCUCUAGAAGUCAUCUCUUACCUGAAGAAAGCAGACUACAGCAAACCUUCUCUACGAUAUGUAUUCUAUGGCUUGAAGGGCAGUGGGAAGACGAUGUCUCUCUGUCACACACUCCACUUCUGCUACACACAGGGAUGGUUGGUGCUGCAUGUUCCUGAUGCUCACCUCUGGGUGAAGAACUGCAAAGAGCUGCUGCCCUCCUCCUAUAACACCUCUCGCUUUGAUCAGCCAUUACAAGCCACCGAAUGGUUGCGCAACUUCAGAAUCACCAAUGAGCGCUUCCUCUCAAAGAUAAAGACAAAGCAGCGCUAUUCAUGGACAAAGAGAGAGUUCACUGAGGAGGGAAGUCCACUCGGGCAGCUGGUGGAUCAGGGUAUAUCUCGCGUGAAGAGCAGCAGUGAUGUGGUGGGGGCGGUGAUGAAGGAGCUGAGGAUGCAAAGCGGGCAGCCAGAGUCAGACUUCCGCCUGGCCGUGGCUGUGGAUGGUGUCAACGCCCUGUGGGGAAGAUCCACCAUCAAGAAGGAGGAUAAGAGUGCUGUAGAUCCAGAGCAGCUCACUUUGGUUUAUAACCUGAAAAAGCUGAUGACGAACAGCUGGACUGGAGGCGCCAUCAUCACCACUCUGUCUCAGACGGGGUCUCUCUACACUUCGAAAUCUUCCUACUUGCCUCAAGAGCUGCUGGGAGAGAGGGGGUUUGACACCAUGGACCCGCUCAUCCCGGUGUCGGUGCCCAACUACAGCGAGAAGGAGUUUGAGAGCUGUUACCUCUAUUUCAUGGACCGCCAGUGGCUGCAGCAUCCACAGAGUCGAACAGAAAAUGGAAAGAAAGAGCUCAUCUUUUUGAGCAACAGAAAUCCAUCGAUGUUGGACAGAAUUAGUUCCUUCCUAUGAAGUUACAGAAAGACUUAACUCUCACACACACACACACACACACACACAUCAUACACACAAAUAUCAGUGUCCUAGAAAUACAUAAAUAUACAAAUGUCCAUACUCAUAAUGUCUGUAAAUUAUGAUGCAUGUGUGUAACUUUGAUAAUAAAAUGUUGAAUAAAGUAAAAAAAAAAAGAACUUUAUUAAAAAUUAAACCUGCAGUCUUUAAUUGCAAGUAGUUCUGUCUUGAAUCGAAUGAAUCUAUGGGAAUCUGAAAAGCAUUAUUUAGGAAUGCAAAGGUAUUAUCUGCCACUUAGUUAAUGUCUUUGUGUGAUAGAGAUGGGUAAAGUGGGAGAAAAAAUAAGUGCAAAAAAGUUUUUUAUUUUGACACAGAUAUUACAAUUUGCACAAAUACAUUUAAAAACAAUACUAAAACAUAUUGAAAAGACGUGUUACAGGCUUUGUAAGCGUCUAAAAACAAAACAAACCUUGAAUGAGACACUUAUCAGUCUGCGUCCUGCUUUUAUGGCCAAGCGCCAUCUGGCGGCGGUUCACAUUCUUCAGCUGGUCACGUGAUAGUUUACAAGGUCACGUGACUGAGCAGCAGUCCAUUUGAUCGCCUAAACAUAGUGGUGGUGAUAGAGGAAGCGCUGGUAUGGCAGAUUGGUCAAAGUGACUGCUGAGUGUAUUUUUAAAUAUUUUUAAAAUCAACCCGCGGGACAUGACAGAGUUUCUGUCUGCGUCCUCUGAG